GAGAGAAAAAGGUAGAGAAUGGAAAUGAAAAAGAGAGGAGAAAGAAGCAGCUUAAUCUCCUACUUUCAUGGAACAUUCCCAAUCCUGUUGUUCCAUGGAGGAUCAACCGCCAAAGAAAAUACCCACCAUCCACCAUCCAAUUAUCUAAAUAUUUCUAUAAUCAAUCUUCCCUCCUUCUUCUCUUUCUCUCUCUUUCGUGUCAUUGUCCUUCUCAACGCGUUCUUUACCUCCUUAAUGUUCAAAGAAACUUCAUGGGAUCAAUCUGACCUUUUUGGGCGCUCAUUUCUUUAUUCAAUUCCCGUUUUCAACGCCUAAAUAGGUACAUGGAAUUCGUCUUUUGGGAUUCCCCAACACCCAUUUCCUUCUGUGAGGUUUCCAGAAAAAUUCUCACCUUCUAUUGUUCAUUCCCCGCUGCUUUGCCUGAGAAAACAGGAGCAUAUUGUUCUUGUAAAUUAGUGGACAAGUUAAAUGCUUGAUGCCACUCCCAAGCGGUUUUCAACCAUGAAUCCAAUAUCUGUAGACAAGAAUGCUAAGCAGAGACUGAUUUUAGCUGAGUGGUUGAGGAGUAUUUUCCCUGGCUUAAAUUUGCCAAUCAAUGCUUGUGAUGAAGAUCUCAAAGCAUGCUUGCUUGAUGCCAAUGUCUUGUCCCAAAUUCUGAACAAGCUAAAAAAACCUGGUUCUAAGGAGGCAGGUUAUGUUAUCCAUAAUUUGGCUUCACGAGCGGAGAAGAUCACGAGGUUCCUUGCAGCUAUAGUCAACAUGGGGAUAAUGAAGUACGACAAUAUCGACAUCGAAGAUGAUUCUAUGGACUCUCUUUACAACUGUUUAUGGUCAAUUAGAGCACGGCUUAUGUCGAAUGAUGCGGGAGAUAGCCCUUUGGCAUGUAGAUCACCUGCUAAGUCGGAGAUCAACAGUCGUUUUGGCAUAUCCUUUCAUGACCCUUCUUCUCCAAUGAUGGGAGACGAAAGGAGGAAAGUCUUAUUUGAGUCAAAAUUUCUUCGUACACUGAGUGGUCCUAUGGUGUCAGCUGAACCAUUGGGUGGAUCAAAUCAUCUUGGCCAUAAGUUCCAUGAAGUAUUUCAACUAAAACAAGGUCGUUACGCAGAUCUUCCAGCUGCGAAAAUUUCAGAAAUGAUGAAAUCAAAUAGUCUAGACAAUGCUCCAACUCAGUCACUUUUGAGUGUUGUGAAUGGAAUUCUCGACGAAAGUGUGGAGAAAAAGAAUGGUGAAAUUCCUCAUCGCGUCGCAUGCCUGUUAAGAAAAGUAGUUCAAGAAAUUGAGCGUCGUAUUUCUACUCAGGCGGAACAUCUUCGAACCCAAAACAAUCUUUUCAAGGCUCGUGAAGAGAAAUUCCAGUCUCGCAUAACUGUGCUUGAGGCACUUGCAUCAAAUAUCAAUGAAGAAAAUCAGCAAGCUGAGAAGACUAAAGCAGAAGAAAAGAAUUUUACCAAUGAGGAGGUGAAUAGGUUGAUUAAAGAAAGAGAAGAACACAAAGCACAGAUCAUACUAUUGAAACAAGAGUUGGAAACCGCAAAGAAGACGUAUGAAUUGCGUUGCUUGCAAGUGGAAGUCGAAAAAGGCGAGGAUGUGAGUAGGCUAAUUAAGGAACGAGACGAAAGCAAAGUAGAGAUCACAAUGUUGAAGCAGGAGCUGGAAAUAGCUAAGAAGACUUAUGAAUUGCAUUGCUUACAAGUAAAAACAGAAAAAGGUGAGGAUGUGAGUAGAUUGAUUAGAGAAAGUGAUGAAAGUAAAGAAAAAAUCACAAUGUUGAAACAAGAACUGGAAACAACUAAGAAAAUGUAUGAAUUGCAUUGCUUACAAGUGGAAACAGAAAAAGGUGAGGAUUUGAAUAGGUUGAUUAAAGAAAGAGAUGAAAGCAAAGCAGAGAUCACAGUAUUGAAGCAAGAAUUGGAAACAGCUAAGAAGACAUAUGAACUGUGCCGUUUGCAAGUGGAAGCUGAAAGAGGUGAGGAUAUGAGUAGGUUAAUUAAAGAAAGAGAUGAAAGCAUAGCAAAGGUCAUUGCCUUGAACCAAGAGUUGGAAACGGCUAAGAAGACGUAUGAAUUCCGCUGCUUGCAAUUAGAAACAGAAAAGGCUGAGAGUAUAACUAGGUUGAUUAAAGAACGAGACGAAACCAAAUUAGAGAUCAUGGCAUUGAAGCAAGAGUUGGAAACAACGAAGAAGAUGUAUGAAUCGCGUUGCUUGCAACUCGAAACGGAAAUGGGCGAGCAUGUGACUCGGUUGACUAAAGAAAGAGAUGAAAGUAAAGCAAAGAUUGUAAUGCUAAAGCAAGAGUUGGAAACAACUACAAAGAUGUAUAAAUUACGUUGCUUGCAAGUGGAGACGGAAGCAGAAUCGGCUCGGUUAAUGCUCGAGGAAAGGAUAAAAGAACUCGAGGAUCUCUUGGAAGACUCGAGUAACGAAGUGCAAGAACUUACAACAUUUUUUGAAUCAAAGCAAAAAAAGUGGAAUGCAAAAGUAAACAGCUACAAGCGCAUGAUAGAAUUUCAAUGCAAUUUACUAGAGGGUGUAAGACGCUCCACGGAGUCUGUUAAAGAAGAGGUUCUGAGAGUAAAGCUGGACUAUUCAAACGAAGUCAACCAAUUAGGACUCAAACUAAAAUCAAUAGCACAUGCUGCUGGGAACUACCAUAUCUUGCUAACUGAAAAUAGAAAAUUGUUCAACGAGCUACAGGAUUUAAAAGGAAACAUCAGAGUUUAUUGUCGAAUAAGGCCGUUUUUGAGCGGGCAGAAAGACAAACGGAUGACCGUAGAAUACAUUGGUGAAAAUGGAGAAGUGGUAAUAGCAAACCCAACCAAGCCUGGGAAAGAAGGUCAGAAGGCAUUUAAGUUUAACAAGGUGUACAGCCCAGCUUCAACUCAAGGGGAGGUCUUUUCUGAUAUCCAACCAUUGAUACGAUCUGUACUUGAUGGAUAUAAUGUAUGCAUAUUCGCCUACGGCCAAACUGGUUCGGGAAAGACCUAUACAAUGACCGGUCCUAAUGGUGCUACUAAGGAGAACUGGGGAGUUAAUUAUCGAGCACUCAAUGACCUUUUUGAGAUCUCUCAAAAUAGAAGCGGUGCCAUUUCCUAUGAAGUUGGAGCGCAAAUGGUUGAAAUUUAUAAUGAACAAGUGCGGGAUUUACUUUCAAGCAAUGCUUCCCAGAAAAAACUGGGGAUUUUGACUCAUUCCCAACCUUUCGGACUUGCGGUUCCGGAUGCGACCAUGCUUCCAGUGAAUGCAACAUCAGAUGUUAUAGAACUAAUGGACAUCGGACUGAAGAACAGAGCAGUUGGUGCCACUGCCAUGAAUGAAAGAAGUAGUCGGUCACAUAGUAUUGUGACUAUUCACGUUCGUGGGACGGAUUUGAAGGGUGGUUCCUCACUGCAUGGUAAUCUUCACUUGGUAGAUCUUGCUGGUAGUGAACGAGUCGAUCGCUCUGAAGUUAUAGGAGAUCGACUCAAAGAAGCACAACAUAUAAACAAAUCAUUGUCUGCACUUGGAGAUGUCAUUUUUGCUCUUGCACAAAAGAGUUCUCAUGUUCCAUAUAGAAAUAGCAAGCUUACUCAAGUCCUUCAAAGCUCCCUUGGUGGUCAAGCAAAGACGGUCAUGUUUGUACAGCUUAAUCCUGAUGUGAACUCAUAUUCUGAAUCUUUGAGCACACUAAAGUUCGCGGAGAGAGUUUCGGGAAUCGAGCUAGGAGCAGCACGGAGCAGCAAGGAAGGAAAGGAUGUUAAAGAGCUAAUGGACCAGGUGGCAUCUCUGAAAGACACUAUCAGCAAAAGGGAUGAGGAGAUUGAGAGGCUACAACUUGUCAAAGACCUCAAGAACAAUGUACACAACGGUAUCGACAGUGAGAAGCGCAUUGCAACUUCUACGAACAAAGACAUGAACGGUGGAAUGCCAAGAACUCCGAAGUCUUCGGGCAGGAAGAGCAUAGGAGGAGCCAUGGAGAAAACUGGUUUAGAUGAAGACAAUGUAUCAGAUCAUAGUGAUGUGCAUUCAGAAGUAGACUCGCCUCAUUCAAUGGAUGAUGUGAAAAACCAUCAUGAAGUUCUUCGGCCACUAGACAUAGGUCAAAAUAUUAUUGAAGGAGCUGAGCCAUUAGGAUUUGGAGCUGCAGAAUAUGAAGAAAGAAUAAUGGACAUUCCUGAUGAUGAUCUCUCUGUUGAAACAGAAAAUGAUGCAACUCUGAAUUUCAAUCAAACUCCAAAACCAGUAGAGAAGUUGGAAAAGCCCAGAUCUGCCACUGCUGCUUCUAGGAUCAGGGAGCCUACAAGAUCAUCAACUAGUUCUCCAGGACCCAAGGAGCCUAUAAGGUCAUCCUCAGCACCAAGUCUUAGAAAAACUGUAAUGGGGCUCAAGUCUGGUAGAAGAUGGCAAUAACUUGAGAGGGAACUUUUCUUUCCUUUUUUGUUUUGUUUUUUCAUUUUUUCAUUUUUUCUUCCCUGUUUUCAUUGAAAAAAAUAUAUAUACAUAGGUUAGGAAACUUAUUAUUGUAAAGCUGUGUAUAUAAAAGGCCUCUAUGUAUGUAUAGUCCUCAAAAUGGGACGAGAAAACUGUAUAAAAGUAACUUUUAUAUAGAAAUGGC